AUUGGCCAGUUCCAUCGGUGACCUGCAGAUAUUUGUUCCUUUUGUGCUAUUAUUUACAAACUUCGUUGAACAGCAAGCCAUUUGAAUCGCCUACAGCUUUAGGGCAAAAUGUCGCAAGGAGACGCCGAUUCCGAGUUGUCAACUAUAGAAAUACUUACCUACACUGUGGAUACCGUAGAUUAUCCGUGUAGCGUUCCAUCAACUGAAGAGGAUAUCAAACCAACAAUGGCGAAGAAGAAGCGUAAAGUGAACACCAAAAGGAUCAAGAUGCAAGGCGACAUCAAGCGCGUCCCACUGAAAACGAUUGUGUACUGCAAGUCAUAUUACAGGCAACAGGUACGGUCGUUGUUUAAACUCUUGAAUGCUUCGUGUAAGCUGGAAACAAAUGUACUUAGAUCUGCUGGCGAUAAUGUGCCAAUUAAUCACCAGGAGGAGGACAUUUGCUCGCCCUACUUUUCGGUGCUCGAAAGACGUUUCCAAACUCUCGCUAAACUCCAAUAA